GCCGGUGCCGGGGCGAUGGCGGGGCCGGUGCCGGUGUCGAUGUCGGUGCUGGCGGCAUUGGUUGGGCUAUGGACGAAGGGGGCGGCGGGCGGGGAGGUGGCGGCGGCGCAUCCCGGGGCUCUGGAGGAGGAGAUCGUGUCGGAGAAAGCGGCGGAGGAGAGUCACCGGCAGGACAGCGCCAACCUGCUCGUCUUCAUCCUGCUGCUCACCCUCACCAUCCUCACCAUAUGGCUCUUCAAGCACCGCCGCGCACGAUUCCUACACGAGACUGGCCUAGCCAUGAUCUACGGGGUCCUGGUCGGUGUGGUCCUGCGCUAUGGCAUCCACGUCCCCAGCGAUGUCAACAACGUGACACUGAGCUGCCAGGUGCAGACCAGUCCUGCCACACUGCUGGUGAACGUCAGUGGGAAGUUCUACGAGUACACCCUGAAGGGGGAAAUCAGUGCCCAGGAGCUCAAUAAUGUCCAGGAUAAUGAGAUGCUGAGGAAGGUGACUUUCGAUCCUGAAGUAUUUUUCAACAUUUUGCUUCCUCCAAUUAUAUUUUAUGCAGGCUACAGCUUGAAAAGGAGGCACUUCUUCAGGAACUUGGGAUCCAUCCUAGCGUACGCUUUUCUCGGCACCGCCAUUUCCUGCCUGGUGAUCGGCUCUGUUGUCUAUGGCUGUGUGGCACUGAUGAAAGUCACUGGGCAGCUCGGGGGAGACUUCUACUUCACUGACUGCCUCCUGUUUGGUGCCAUCGUAUCAGCUACUGACCCAGUGACUGUUCUUGCCAUAUUCCAUGAACUCCAGGUUGAUGUUGAGCUGUAUGCCCUUCUCUUUGGCGAAAGCGUCCUCAAUGAUGCCGUUGCCAUAGUGCUGUCUUCUUCAAUUGUUGCGUACCAGCCGGCAGGUGACAACAGCCACACAUUUGAUGUCACAGCGAUGUUCAAGUCCAUUGGGAUCUUCCUGGGGAUAUUCAGUGGAUCUUUUGCAAUGGGAGCAGCUACUGGAGUUGUGACAGCUUUAGUCACCAAGUUCACCAAACUUCGGGAGUUCCCGUUGCUGGAGACUGGCUUGUUCUUCCUGAUGUCCUGGAGCACAUUCCUGCUGGCCGAAGCAUGUGGCUUUACAGGUGUGGUGGCUGUACUCUUCUGUGGGAUCACACAAGCCCAUUACACCUAUAACAACUUAUCUACAGAGUCCCAACACAGAACUAAACAGUUGUUUGAGCUUCUGAACUUCUUGGCAGAAAACUUCAUCUUCUCUUACAUGGGACUUGCACUGUUCACUUUCCAGAACCAUGUCUUUAACCCUACCUUUGUGGUUGGGGCUUUCCUUGCUAUCUUCCUGGGAAGAGCUGCCAAUAUUUACCCCCUGUCAUUUUUACUGAAUUUGGGGAGAAGAAAUAAGAUCGGAACGAAUUUACAGCAUAUGAUGAUGUUUGCUGGGCUGCGAGGAGCCAUGGCCUUUGCCCUGGCCAUCCGUGACACGGCCACGUACGCGCGGCAGAUGAUGUUCAGCACCACGCUGCUCAUCGUCUUCUUCACCGUCUGGGUUUUUGGGGGGGGCACCACGGCCAUGCUGUCCUGCCUGAACAUUCGAGUUGGCGUGGAUGCGGAUCAGGAGAACGUGGGUGUCCCGGAGAGCGAGAGGAGGAGCACGAAGGCAGAAAGCGCCUGGCUCUUCCGUAUGUGGUACAACUUUGAUCACAACUAUCUGAAGCCUCUGCUGACACACAGUGGUCCUCCUCUGACAACCACACUCCCAGGGUGCUGUGGACCCAUUGCCCGGUGCCUGACGAGUCCUCAGGCAUAUGAAAAUCAAGAGCAGCUGAAGGACGAUGACUCUGACCUCAUUUUGAAUGACGGGGACAUCAGUCUGACCUACGGGGACACCACCGUCAACACCGACUCCGUCGUCCCUGGGGGCACCUCCCGGCGCUUGGCGGGGAACGGCUCUGAGGAUGUGCUGGACCGGGAGCUCGCCUUUGGGGACCAUGAACUUGUCAUCCGGGGAACACGCCUGGUCCUGCCCAUGGACGAUUCGGAGCCACCAUCCAACAUCCUGGAUAACGCAAGGCACGGCCCAGCAUAAGGUGGCUCGGCUUGAUUGACAGUAAUAUUUGCAUAUAUGAUCAAAAAAUAAGUACUACCUAAAGCCUAAUGCAUGUCUCAAAAAUGUCUAAGCUGUAUAAAUAUUAUUUAUAUGGUGUCAGAAGAAUAUAAAUAUUCUCUGCCAAGUACUUGUAAAGAACAAGCUGCAAGUUUUAAGUUAAAAACUGUGUUGACUGCACUGUGUAGGGUGGAACUGUUUUAGCGUAAAAGUCUUUCGCACACGGUGAGCUUCGUUCAUGUGUGAUUUGAAAAAGGAUUUAAUUCCCAGCAGGGUAAGUAAAGGAGCUGACUCCCUGUGCAUCCUUUGAGCCUGGGAGAGGAGGGUAGGAAGGUGCUGAUGAGGAGUGGAAAUCGCUUUUUAUUCAGAUGAGGAUUGUUUUGGUUGUUUUUUGGUUUGUUUUUUUUCGGUCUCUGAUCUUUGGGUAGUCACUUUGGAAAUAUCAUCGAAAAAUCUGUCCACAGACCCUCUCGCUGGGCAGUGGCUGGUGAUAAAUGUGUUCACUUUGUGGGAACCUGGGCUGGGACCUGGAGACUCUCUGUUUUCUAGUGAUCCUCUGCCCAAGCCCUGGUUUUGUAGACUAAUGGCAGGCACCAGACAAAGCUGACAGAAAGGACUGUGGGUGUCUGGCUGCUCAGAUGGGAGCAGGAGGGGAGGGAUGUGUCUGUAGUUGUGUUUAGCAGAAGGAGGUGACCUCACAGAAACUACACCAGGUAUGCACAGAUUUUAGGGCCGAGUCUAUCUUUCAGCUGUGGCUUAAGCAGCCAUCAAAUCCUCAAGUGGCAACUAAAUUUCACAUUUGGGAAGCAACCGUGUCUUGUGUGUGAGCGAGUCCCUUCUCCUGCAGUCGUGGACAUGGUCAGGAUGUGCAGAGGUACUGCAGUUGUACACAGGGCCAUGGAGCCCAGCCAGCCUUGAACACCAGCUUUACAGAUACAGGCUGACACGGUACCCCUGGACCUCUCCAGAGGAACUGAGCAGCAAGGUGGUACUGACGUGGAGUUGUCCGUCCAUCCUCCUGUACAGUCAAAAACCAUUGCACUUUGUUUAAUGACUCCUUAGCAUGCUGUGUGUCUGGAAUCCCCACCCGAUCCCUCUCAUGUUUCUUAUCAUUUAAUGAGAAAUGUUUGUGAGUUGAUUUUUAUUUUCUUUUUAAAUUUUAAUUUUUGUUUUCCAAGGAAGAGCACAGAACAAUUUGCGAUUUCACCUUAGUGUUAAAGGAUUUACUCUGAUGUUAAGGGAAUGGCUAAAGGUGCAGUGAUACUGUUAACCCUGGCAUCCUUCUUUUUCUCCUGAAAAGGGGGAAUCACAGAAAUUUACUAUAUGUAAUUUUAUUGUCUGUUUUAGCUGCAGUUUUGCUAUAUAAACCUUUCAGGGUUACUGGUGCACUACAGGCCCGUUCUGGAGUUAACCCUCUCCAGAGGGCUUAAACAGAGGUGUUUAAAAAGAGAAUAUAUUAAAAAGAGCCAUGUGAGUCUGAGCACUCACAGCUCUCAUUAGGUUUCCUUGGAAGAACCUUGCAUCUCUCAGGAUCCAACCCUGAGACCUCAGAGCAGUGUCCCCACCACGGCUGUUUUCCCCAGCACCACCUGAGAGUUGGAGGAAACAGAAAAUCCUGAAAUUUUGAGCAUAUGUGUAUAGUUGAGAAAAUAAAUUUAAACUUUUUUUGUUGUUGUUGUUGUUUUGUUUUCAUUUUCUCAGGUCUAAGUAACAUUGCCUUAAAUUUAUGGAUGUGAAACUAAUUAUUUUGGCAGUUUGUCCCCAAGAAAAUGCUUUCUGCUUCUUUCUGAACAAAAUGUGUAAGUGUUGCCAUUGGACUCCUCUAGAAGGAGGUAAAGCUCUGUUUAUAUUUAGAUAGGGCAUCUUCCUUGCACCAGUAAAUGGCAGUCUUGCUGUUAACAUAGCUGUUGGAUUAGUGCUAGCCUCUUUGUUUCCUGCUAUGCAGGAAUUCCAUAAAGUGUGCAUUUUAUAUGAUGUCUGUAACUUAACUUCACGUGUUUAAAGAAAAAAAAAGGAAAAAAAAAAUAAUAAAAAAAAAUGUAGGUACCUGUUGAGUUUAGGUUUACUGCAUCACUUCUACAUCCUGUUUUUCAUUUGUUUUGUCUUUUUUGCAGAGGUAUGAUAAACAACUACCUCUUGUUUUUUCCUGUAUAGUCUGACUAUGAAUUCAAUUUACAAAGCUGGCGUUGGUGGAGGUGAAGGUGCAGGAUGGGGGGGGUCUAAUUGCCAGGCCCCUGCACCCCUACAGCCUCAGGGCUCCCUCCCAGGCAAUCCCCAGCUGAGGUGCAAAUUAGCAGCUCUGACUGUUCUACUGUCAUGUUUUAUUGUAGCCUUGGUAGCAUUUCUCUCUUUCACUGACCCUUCCACUUCAAUAAUUCAUCCAGUCUCUCCAACCUUGCCAACACAUUAUCAUAAGACUCAGCUUUUGACACCAGUGACAGUUCAGUUAGUACAUUAAAGAAAAAAAACCCACAUUAACAAAUGAUGGUUUUAUGGGUUUCCAGUGAACACUUAUGAUCCAUACUUAAUACAACCAGUACUGUUUUGCGUAGUCUUGAGAAUGAAUGAAUCUAAGCUGAAAUUCAAGAGUAAUUAAAUAAAUGACUCAGAUUCAUCCUCAACUGAUUAUUUUCUUCAUCCUGCUGCAGUAGAGAACACACGAGUGCCUGGUUUUCAGAUGCAGAGCCCUGAUGGCUUGAAUGCUGCAGAUGAAGUUAAGGGUACCUUGGAGAAUCAGGGCCUGGGACCUUUUGCCAAAUAGAUAAGACAGCCCCAAGGAGGCAGUUUACAGCUCUGGAGAAGAAUUAGAGAAGGUGCCCUUCUUCUGUAAAUUGAAUUUCCACGGGUUUUGCACAUGAAAAAGCAUUGUGGGCAAAGUUAUGGUUUGUACUAGUACUGUCGAUUUGUGUGGUAACGGCAUUAAGUCUGUAAUUGUGGUGUUUGUGCAGCUGAUCUGUGAUAGCUGAUGAUCACUAUUGGACCUUCUGUUUACACUGACUAAAUCCUUUACUGUUGCGUUGUACUGUGAAAGAAGGAUAAUGGGCCUAUAAAGGAUUUUUUUUUUCCUGGAAUUUUGUGUACCGUUUCAU